CAACCAGCUGGAUUGAUACUUGUGCUGUAUAGUACAACGGCUUCCGCUCUUUUUUCUCUGAGAAAGCUUUCCUAUGAUAAUCAUUUAAAUCCAACUCCGGUGCAAUGUCAGCUGACGUCGAUAGGGCAUUGUCAAAACGCUUAACCCAUCCACUGGCUACUUUGGGGGGGGAGACUCGCAAAUUUCGCCUUGCGGUGGAGAGCAGGUGUGCCCUUUUGCAAGGGGGAAAAAUUGUCACUUUGGGAGGAGAAGAGCCAGGGCCUCAGCCUUUAGUGAACAGCUUUCUUGCCCUCGGCAUCGCUCUAGACGGCCGGCCUGAUUCCUUGUAGGUAUUUUCUCGACUUUCUCCAGAUACUUAUAUGUAUGAUAAACGCCUUCGCUCUUCCGCCACCCGCUGGCUUUCAUACCAACUAACUCACUCCCGUUCCGCUCCGUCACCACCCCCCUCAUAUACCUCCAAGUCAUGCCCUCUAUCCACUAUUUUCCUACCAGACUCCUAAAGAGCCUUCCGGACGGGACGUCAGUGGAACUCUGCUUUGUCUUGCUUGUGGACGAGGAAAUGCACAUGACGAUUGUGGCGAGGACCUACGAGCUCUUGCAUACAACCGGCGACUCCCAGGUUCCUACGCACAGUUUCAGAUUCCCGCCCAAUGGCGACUUUGUGUCGUCGCCGAUGGGAAUGGCGAUAUUGACGGGGGAAUUGACAAUAAUGGUUGAGCAGUUCGUGAGUUCAGAGAGAGAAGAGGACGAGGGGAAGGGGAAGGGAGAGAGAGAGUUGGCGUUUCCCCUGCGAGCUGGUACGCCUCUGCCGGGGGUGGAACAGGUAGCCGAGGAAGGGGAACGGGCAUACGAUUAUCCGGAAGAGUAUAUCGAGGAAUCUCCAAAAGGUCCCCCACCAUCACCAGAAAUCACUGCCACCCAUCCGCCCAUCCACCCUGACCCUCAACGGCUCAGCAGGCCCUCACUCCCCCCUUCCGCGCCACCCCUAAAAUACGUUUCCAAGUUCCUCCCGCAGCCGGAUAUUCGCUCGCUCACCAUCGCCGAGAGAAGGGUCCGAACUCGGCUUGCCGGGGCACCCAUAGCAGGGCAGACUGUCCGGUUCCCCCCCGGGCGGAUCAACGUUGCUCUCGCCGAGGGGUACGGGCGGGGGACUAUAAUGGGUUUGCAUUUGUGAGGGGAAACAGAAAAACAAAGGCGAAAACAAACAGUUAGAUUGGUGGUCUAAGUGGGGUACUUUUUUAUUUUAUUUUAUUUUUUAUUUUUUCUUAUCCUCUCUUACCUUUUUUCGUAUCAAUAUCUUUUCGCCUGUUGUCUGUUUCAGAUCUGUCUCUUUGUCUUUUAUUUUCAAAUUAUCGUAUUAUCAUUAUGUAGCGGUGAACUUAAUAUGUUGAAGAAUGAGAAGAAAUUUAUCACUGUCG